CUGCCCAGUAAGUUCUGCUGGAUUCGAUUCGAUUCAAUCAGAUAGCGUGGCUGGCGCAGUUCAAUUUUGAGCUGUAGAUCCACCAUGCAGUCCAUCCUGCUUGUACAACAACUGUACAACUCACUCAAUCUUUCCCUUCAUAAUUUUUCGUUCUCGGAACCCUGAAAGCCUAGACUACUUGUAUAUCAAGAUGCAUUUGCAGACUCUCGCCACGACCAUGGGAUUUUUUACUUUGGAAUCUGUCUGGUGGUUCCUCUCCAUUGGAGGAAUUGUCGGCAUUGCUCUUACUUGUGCAUGGGCAUUAACACUUGCAGUGAUCCUCUACCAAGCGAAACCAUUGACAAAGCGAGCAAGCUUCCUUAAGCCUGCAAUGACUGAACAGCAGAAGAGGGAAUGUCUGAAGGACUUGGACAAGAUUGGAAACCGCUGUGGCCUUGACAAUCUCUGGAAGACUAUGGCUGCCCCUACCGGUACCGGUACCGGUACUACCGUGCUCCUGACAGGAGUUACAGGCUAUGUCGGUCGAUCUGUCUUGCUGCAACUCUUCCAAUGCAUUGCCGCUAACUCCCACCCAGACAAGACCAACACCAAGAUCAUCCUGAUGGUUCGACCCGAGAAGAGGGGGGCUGGUACUGCUCAGGACCGUGUGGACAAGCUACGCCAAGAAGACAUCUUCUCUGACAUUCCAAGGUCCCUGUGGGAUUCUGUAGUGUCCGUCGUAGAGACCAACGGUCUUGCAGAAACGAAUCUUGGCUACUCCAAGGAAGGAUUGCAAAAACUCAAAGAAGCUAACAUUACACACGUUGUUCACAGUGCCGCAGACACGGCCUUCAACAAAGACUUGGCUUGUCUGGCCGAGUCAAACAUCACGUCAGCGCUUCAACUACAGGCGUUCGCACGAGACUGCCCAAGCUGUCAACGCAUGACUUUCAUUUCCACAGCGUUUGUCAACCCUGGAAAAGGAACUCCACAAGACCCUUUGCCAGAAGCUCUGGUGCCUCUGCAUGGAUAUGAUCCUAUCGAACUAUACCAGUCCAUGCGUGGAAACCAGAUCCUGGCUCGUCAAGUCAGAGAUCUACUGGGAUUCUACAACAACUACACAUUCUCAAAAUGCGUCGUGGAACACCUACUCUCUCGCCAAGAUUCAUCGUCAUCAUCGUCGUCAGAUCUGCUACAGACCAGCAUUGUCAGACCAGGAAUCGUUGGUCCUGCCUUUGCAUUGCCCCGACCUGGUUGGAACGGCGCCAUGCCUUCCACCGUCACUGCAUACUCUGUCAUGUGGAUGUCCCGACUCAUCAGAGUCAGCCGAUCCAACAUGGAACCAUUCCCACAGAUACCAGUUGACGUUGUCGCGGUUGGGGUCGUCAACUCAAUGCUUCAAGACCCCACCAAUCAUUCAGAGGUCAACAUCCAAAACCUUGUCUGGGACGCACAAUCCAACAAGAAAUUCGUCUCGUCGGAAACUCUCAUACGCACAGGCAUGACUUGGUGCACCUUCAACGGGCACUUUAGCUUUCUAGAAAUCGCUCUCAUGCUCACACUCAAUGACUUGGCAAAGGCACGUCCAGCUUGGGCCCCGGCUUUGCACGAGAUCUUCAACAAGGGACCACUUCGGAUCUUGAAACUUAUUCAAGACACCUUCCGCUGGAUUGGAAUCAAGGUCGCGCCUGGCUUUCCCGCCGCAAAGAUGCUCAAGUUUGUUGACAUAGGAUCUCUCUAUGAUCCAUUUGUCGCGGGCUCAUUCUACUUCCGCAGCACCAUGCAGAUCCCAGAAAGCUUUGACGUGGACCGAUACGUUGCGGAACAGCUCCAAACAACCAGCAACUUUUUACGCGAGUUGAAAGCACGAGGCAAAAAGGGAAGCAAGAAGGAUAAUCCUUCGGGGUUGAAAUCCGCACCAGUCCAGUCGAAUGAGUUGCAACUGGCUCCACCUGGACGGUGGGAUCUCUGGUGGGCACUGACACAGCCAAGUGGGAGUCUUGCUGUUCGAGUGGUGUGCUACUUGGCAAGCAAGGUCUUCCGAGCCGUCUACGGAGACUCGUCGUUGGAUUUGGAGACUGCCGCUGCUCUGCUGGAUGGAUUGCCGAAAACAGACCGAAAAACAAAGAUCGUUCUUCUUCCAACAUUUAGCUCCCCCGCGGAUAUCAUCCUUGUCCUCUACAUUGCAUUUGCAUUCCCCUUGCUUGGAGUUCCGAUCCCGACUAUCUUUGCAGAAAGGCCCUUUCGUGGUGUCAUCCUUGCCGUGGUCGCCCAAUGCUGCAAUAUCUACUCGGUCGGCGAGGCUCCAAGGAAACAUCUGCAGGACAAGGCCGUCGACGCAUCACUGGCCAUUUUCUUGGGAGAAACUCAAAGCCUUGAAGAACAAGCUGGUCUGGAGACAACCGCAGUACAUGUACUUCGUGCGCUGCAAUUGAGUCGGGAGGACUCCGAGCACGUCUUGAUUCCCAUGUGUAUCCACCAUGACCGUGUUCUGGACGAGACCUCGCAGCAAGAAAUGAAAUGGCAUCACGUACUCAAAUACUUCUUCACUGCUUUGGCUGGAACGGAGAGAACCGACCUUGGAAGUGUCAAAGUGUCGUUUGGGAAAGCUGUGGUCAUGGAUCGGGCCUCUGACGUUCCUGCAAUCUGUGCCAGCAUUCAGAAAGAGCAACGCUUGGUGUCACAAGUGACCGACUUCGUACCGGACGAGGAAGAAAACAGCCUCUGUCUGACAGAGGAAUCCAGCACAUCCAACUUUUCUGAACUGAACAACGGGAGCGGCACAAUCGAGCAAAGCCAUCAGUUUGACACCAAUGACCCCAUCACAACUGAGACGGCGACGAGGAAAACGGCCCCAGCAAAGGCAGAAGAGAAGUUCCCUUUGCUUCCGCUUCGGUGGUAUGUCGUCCCCCUGUUGGCUUUCCUCGCAUACAUGUUGUCACCCUAUGCGAUCUAUGUCAGUGCAUUCUAUGUUGUGACUUGGACAGCAAGCCCAAUCGCGGAUUGGCAUAUUGUCAAGUUAGCCCAACGGAGUUUAAGUGGCAGAUACGGCAAUCUUCCUCUUCGCUUCAAUCUCACAGGCAUUGCCAUCCUUUCUUGGCUGGUCUUUGUGAGGUAUCCACUGGAAACUGUUCUUUGGUAUCUUGAUGAGAUUCUGUUUCCAGGCUACAGCAGAACAACGAUUGAGGAACCCUUGCUCAUCUUGGGACAGCCUCGCUCUGGAACAACCAAGUUCCAGGAUGUCCUGUCAGCCGAUCAAGAUACAUUCUGCUCCAUGUACCUGUAUGAGAUGCGGUACCCCUUUCUUACGGUUCAGUAUCUCGUGGAUAUCAUGUUCAAGAUGGACCAGAAGUGCUUGGGUGGACAAGGUUACAAGUUGGCACUUGGCUUGGGUCUCCUGUAUGUUUUGCCUGAGACGGGAGAGCGGAAGAUGAUGAGGCGGCUUCGAUACGACUUGCCAGAUGAAGAUGACAAUCUUUUCUUGUUUCACGGCCCAGCCCACUUUGCAUUGACUGGAGUGUUCCCCUCAGAAGUGAGAUCACUCUGCCAAUUUCGUGAUCUUCCCAAAACAACCCGUAUUCGCAUGAUGCGGUUCCAUCAGAAAGCGGUCCAGAAGGUCAUGUACCGUCGUGGAAGAGGCAGGCACUACCUUUGCAAGUGGGUUGCUGGUUGGAAUGGUCUUCUGGAUGAAGCCAAAGUUGUAUACCCCGAUGCUAAGCAUGCAGUGAUUGUGAGGGACCCCAGGGAACAGUUGCCUUCUUGGAUGAAGCUGCAGGGCUUAUUGAGCGAGCAGCUAGCCGGGCACAAUGUGAUGAAGAUGCCUGAAGUGAGGAGUGCAGUCAUUGACAUCAAUGUUCAAUGGCACCAGACACAGGCUGAGUUUUGUGCUGCCUCUGCAGGCAAGAACAACCUACAGAUCAUCCAGUUUGACGACUUUGUGGAGAACAUUCCCAGAGAGGUUUCAAAAGUGUAUGACUUGCUUGGUCUCUCGGUCCAACCUGGCUCUGCCUUUCACGAUUCCUUGGGGGAAGCUCAUCGUAACCAAUCCAAGCACAAGAAGACUGUGAUCAGAAAAGAAGAGGAGUUCAUUACGGAAGAAGAGAUCUUGUCCCGGUUUCCUCCUCUUCGAACAUAGCUAGGCAGCCUUUCAGCCGCUAUAGUCAAGUCUAGCUAUUCAUUCGUCCAUUAGAAAGUUCGCCUCUUACGUCCUAAUAGUUUCGUCUAUAGCGGGUGUAAUCGUACAGUCGUACGGUAGUGCGCUGUUGCUGGUGCGUUUUGGUAAUAAUGCAUUCUCCUUAUCGUAAAUUUC